AUGAGGUGGGGUCGGCCGGGGCUGGAGGUCCCCACUGGGUUUCCUCGCCACCUCGUCACAGCCUGGCACGGGGGCGACGAGACGAACCAGCAAGACGGCCUCAAGCGGGCCUUUGAGUCCCGGUUCCCCGGCAUGACGCUCAACAUCACCGUCGACGUGUCCAAAUUCCACGACGGGAACAUUGACCGCCAGCUCGCCCUCUCCGCUCUCGGCGGUGCCGGCGGCGGUGCGGGCGCGCUGUACGUCGACACGGCGAUCCUGCAGACCUUGCACGAUUACCCGCGCUGGGACCUCGAGGGCGCACUGCUGCACUAUCAGCCCGUCAACUUUGACAAGAUCCACCCCGCGUUCCGGGACGUUCGCGGCGCGUGGUACGGGGUUUCGAUUUUUGCGUGGACGUUUAUCUGGAAUGCGGACCGGGAGGAGGAUGGCCCGCAAGAGUUUGCGGAUUUCUUGGAGCCGAGGUUCAAGGAUCGGCUUGUUCUUACGUAUCCUAACGAUGAUGAUGCGGUGUUGUAUGCGUUUGAUCUGAUCAUGCAACAGUUCGGCCACGAAUGGUUCGAAAAGCUCCUCGCGCAGAACCCGCGCUGGGUCCGCGGCACCGGGACGCCCGUCACCCUCCUUACCUCGCCCAACACGACUCUCUCGGCCACCUUCACCGCGGGCAUCGGCCUCGCUCCCCCGGCGCCGCUGAACGUGUCCAUACCCACUAAUGGCACCUUUGUGACGUGGGCGCAGAGGGCGGCUAUCUUCAGGGACGCGCCGCAUCCGGAGGGCGCGAAGUUGCUUCACAACUUUAUGCUGAGCGAUGAGUAUCAGUCGGCGGCGACGGCCGCGGGGUUGUGGAGUGUGAGGAAGGAUGCGGCGCCGCCGGCGGGGUAUCCCGGGAUCAUGGAUGUCGAGACGACGAAUCCGGUCGAGUUUGAGAGGUUUAUGGGGGACCGGGUGCGUGUUGAGCGGUUGAAGCUGUUUUUUGAGGACAAGAUUGGGACGGCGCAGGGUUUGAGUCCUCUUAUUGAUGAUUUGUGA